AUGUUGGAAAAUCGCUAUACCAAGUGUAUCGCCCUCGAAGGCAUGUUGAAAUAUGUAUGGUUUCAAAACAGACGGGCAAAGUGGAGAAAGCAAGCACGGUUACAAUUGCUGCAGGAUGCGUGGAGAAUGCGAUGCUUGGGUUUAGGAAGCGCUACGCCGCUGCUUCUCGGCCGAUCAUCUACUGGUGGUCUUGAGAGGACUAGCGACGCGUCCUCAACUUCUCCGUCAUCCUCAGCUCUUACGGGCUCGCCGAAUACGACUGACAAGUUACCUGAGAUUGGCAAUCCCGUAUCGGUCUGCAGAGAUUUUCGAAUCUUGUCUUCACUGCCACCUGGUCAACCUCCGAGUGACCUUGACUUUGACUUUGAUCUUCAAGAAGGUCAAGGUCAUUGA